UUAACGAUCAGUCGAGUGAGAGUCUCACAGCGUUGGACAAACCUCGAUGGGACAAACGAAUUGUACAAAAUAAUUAAUUGUUACGUUUAUUGUAAAAAAUGCACCCAAACAGUGAGUCUAAACUGAAUAACACGCUUUGAAAUUGUAACCAGCUUCCUGCAAGACGUAAAAUGAGCACUCAGGCUUCAACAUCUGUAUCUGUCAAUGAGGCGAGAGGCAGACGAAGUGCUGAUGAUGUCGAGAACUCCAAAACACACUUCAGAGUCUGUCGGUUUAUCAUCGAGACUGGAGUGAAGUUAGGCAUGAGAUCUGUGCCCAUGGCUACAGCAUGUGUGCUGUAUCACAGGUUCUUCCAGUCUGCUAGUCUGCAGGUCUAUGAGCCUUACCUAGUGGCCAUGUCUGCCAUCUACCUCGCAGGCAAAGUAGAAGAGCAACAUCUCAGGACAAGAGAUAUCAUCAAUGUUUGUCACAGAUACUUUCACCCAGACAGUGAAGCACUGGAACUGGAUGUGAAGUUCUGGGAGUUGAGGGACAGUAUCGUACAGUGUGAGCUUCUCAUCCUCCGGCAGCUUAACUUCCAAGUGUCCUUUGAUCAUCCACACAGGUACCUGCUGCACUACCUGCUCUCUGUGAGGAGUCUUUUGAAUCGCCACGCCUGGUCUCGAACCCCCAUCGCAGAGACUGCCCUGGCUGUAUUAAAGGACAGUUACCAUGGCUCUGUGUGCAUCCGCCAUAAGCCUCAACACCUUGCCCUCACCUCCCUCUAUCUUGCUCUCCAGACAUAUGGAGUGCAGCUCCCCAGAGGAGAACGAGAAUGGUGGCAGGUUGUUUGUGCAGAGAUCACCAAGGCUCAGAUUGAGACCAUCAUGAGUGAAUUACUGCAGCUCUAUGACAUGGAGGCCAAGUGUACCUGAGAGACAAACAAAUGAAACUGGUAUUAAAACAAAACAACACACUGAUCACUUGAGAGCUACGACAAUGGUCUUAACGCAUUCAUUCAACCCUCUUUCUUUUUGAUAUUGUGAUGUAAGCUAAUGAGCUCUACAUGUUAAUUUAAGGCUCUUCAAGAAUUAAGAAUGAUGAGGGGAAUUUAGAAAUAUAUUAGGAACCCAGCUUUUUAAGUGGAGGUAUGAAAAUCAGACUUUAGCCACGGCACAUCAAUCACUUCUCAGCCAUCAACCUACUUUCUUCUCCUACCUUGUGCUAUUUUCCCCUUAAGAGGGGGAGAGAAAUUACAAAAGAGAUGAAAUAGCUGGUUUAUGAAAGAAUGAAACAAAAGAAAAGCCAUCCCCGAGCUAAAUUGUGAGGUAAAACGUUGUGAGAUUUGAGCUCUUUCUUUUAUAUUUUAUUUCAAUUACCAUACUCUAGUCUUCUCCAUACAGAUCUUGUCCCAGGAGGCUUCUUUAUGUAACUCCCAAAAGCAGAAUUAUUGUAUCAUCAUCAUUUUAUUAGAAACCAGACUUCUAUUUCAAACUUCAAAAAAAACAACAACAAAAAAAACACUUCACUGAUGUGAACUUUUCAUAUUGUCAGCUUCUGAUGUGCAUGAACUAACAGACGGAUCGUUCUAAGGUCUAUAUUUAAAAAUGUAAUUUCUAAUAAACAUUUUUUGUUCUAUA